CCUCAAAUUAUAUGUAUAUGUGUGAAAUCGAAGACGCUUCAGUUAAGUGAGGCUGCUGGUGUGGUGAAUGUUUAAUUCAGCACCAGCACUGCGUGACAGUUGUUUAAAUAACAAGUGGUUUAUUUGUAAAACCACACCUUUUAAAAUUGAGGGUCAAAGAAUAAUCGUAAAAAUCGUCCUAAUAAUUUAAAGGCAAACCAGCAGCAUCUGAAGCCACCAUGUCCGGGGAAGUGCGUUUGAGGCAGCUGGAGCAAUUUAUUUUGGAUGGGCCCGCUCAUACCAAUGGGCAGUGCUUCAGUGUGGAGACCUUACUGGAUAUACUCAUUUGCCUUUAUGAUGAAUGCAGUAAUUCUCCGUUGAGAAGAGAGAAGAACAUUCUUGAAUACCUAGAAUGGGCUAAACCAUUUACUUCUAAAGUGAAACAAAUGCGAUUGCAUAGAGAAGACUUUGAAAUAUUAAAGGUGAUUGGUCGAGGAGCUUUUGGGGAGGUUGCUGUAGUAAAACUAAAAAAUGCAGAUAAAGUAUUUGCCAUGAAAAUAUUGAAUAAAUGGGAAAUGCUGAAAAGAGCUGAGACAGCAUGUUUUCGAGAAGAAAGGGAUGUAUUAGUGAAUGGAGACAAUAAAUGGAUUACAACUUUGCACUAUGCUUUCCAGGAUGACAAUAACUUAUACCUGGUUAUGGAUUAUUAUGUUGGUGGAGAUUUGCUUACUCUGCUCAGCAAAUUUGAAGAUAGAUUGCCUGAAGAGAUGGCUCGAUUUUACUUGGCUGAAAUGGUGAUAGCAAUUGAUUCAGUUCAUCAACUACAUUAUGUACACAGGGACAUUAAACCUGACAAUAUAUUGAUGGAUAUGAAUGGACAUAUCCGGUUAGCAGAUUUUGGUUCUUGUCUGAAGCUGAUGGAAGAUGGAACGGUCCAGUCCUCAGUAGCUGUUGGAACCCCAGAUUAUAUCUCUCCUGAAAUCCUUCAAGCCAUGGAAGAUGGAAAAGGCAGAUAUGGACCUGAGUGUGAUUGGUGGUCUUUGGGGGUCUGUAUGUAUGAAAUGCUUUAUGGAGAAACACCGUUUUACGCAGAAUCUCUGGUAGAGACAUAUGGAAAAAUCAUGAAUCACAAAGAGAGGUUUCAGUUUCCAGCCCAAGUGACUGAUGUGUCAGAAAAUGCUAAGGAUCUUAUUCGAAGGCUUAUUUGUAGCAGAGAACAUAGACUUGGUCAAAAUGGAAUAGAAGACUUUAAGAAACAUCCAUUUUUCAGUGGCAUUGACUGGGAUAAUAUUCAAAACUGUGAAGCACCUUAUAUUCCGGAAGUUAGUAGUCCAACAGAUACAUCCAAUUUUGACGUGGACGAUGAUUGCUUAAAGAAUUCUGAAACAAUGCCCCCACAAACACAUGCUGCAUUUUCUGGCCACCAUCUGCCAUUUGUUGGUUUUACAUAUACUAGUAGCUGUGUUCUUUCUGAUCGGAGCUGUUUAAGAGUUACAGCUGGUCCCUCCUCACUGGAUCUUGAUGUUAGUGUUCAGAGGACUUUAGAUAACAACUUAGCAACUGAAGCUUAUGAAAGAAGAAUUAAACGCCUCGAACAGGAAAAACUUGAGCUUAGUAGAAAGCUCCAAGAGUCAACACAGACUGUCCAAGCUCUACAAUAUUCAACUGUUGAUGGACCACUAGCAGCAAGCAAAGAUUUAGAAAUAAAAAACUUAAAAGAAGAAAUUGAAAAACUAAGGAGACAAGUAACAGAAUCAAGUCAUUUGGAACAGCAACUUGAAGAAGCUAAUUCUGUGAGGCAAGAACUAGAUGAUGCUUUUAGACAAAUCAAGGCUUAUGAAAAACAAAUCAAAAUGUUACAACAAGAAAGGGAAGAUCUAAAUAAGGAACUAGUCCAGGCUAGUGAGCGAUUAAAAAACCAAUCCAAAGAGCUGAAAGACGCACACUGCCAGAGGAAACUGGCCAUGCAGGAAUUCAUGGAGAUCAAUGAGCGACUAACAGAAUUGCACACCCAAAAACAGAAACUUGCUCGCCAUGUCCGAGAUAAGGAAGAAGAGGUGGACCUGGUGAUGCAAAAAGUUGAAAGCUUAAGGCAAGAACUGCGCAGAACAGAAAGAGCCAAAAAAGAGCUGGAAGUUCAUACAGAAGCUCUAACUGCUGAAGCAUCUAAAGACAGAAAACUGCGUGAACAGAGCGAGCACUAUUCUAAGCAACUGGAAAAUGAAUUGGAGGGAUUGAAGCAAAAACAAAUUAGUUAUUCACCAGGAGUGUGCAGCAUAGAACAUCAGCAAGAGAUAACCAAACUAAAGACUGAUUUUGAAAAGAAAAGCAUUUUUUAUGAAGAAGAAUUAUCUAAAAGAGAAGGAAUACAUGCAAAUGAAAUUAAAAAUCUGAAGAAAGAGCUGCAUGAUUCAGAAGGCCAGCAACUUGCUCUCAACAAAGAAAUUAUGGUUUUGAAAGACAAAUUGGAAAAGACCAGGAGAGAGAGUCAAAGUGAAAGAGAAGAAUUUGAAAAUGAGUUCAAGCAACAGUAUGAACGAGAAAAAGUGUUAUUAACUGAAGAAAAUAAAAAGCUAACAAGUGAACUUGAUAAGCUUACCACUUUGUAUGAGAACUUAAGUAUGCACAAUCAGCAGUUAGAAGAAGAGGUCAAAGAUCUAGCGGACAAGAAAGAGUCAGUUGCACAUUGGGAAGCCCAAAUCACAGAAAUAAUUCAGUGGGUCAGUGAUGAAAAGGAUGCCCGAGGAUAUCUUCAGGCCUUAGCCUCUAAAAUGACUGAAGAAUUGGAAGCAUUAAGAAAUUCCAGCUUGGGUACACGGGCAACAGAUAUGCCCUGGAAGAUGCGUCGUUUUGCAAAACUGGAUAUGUCAGCUAGAUUGGAGUUGCAGUCAGCUCUGGAUGCAGAAAUAAGAGCCAAACAGGCCAUUCAAGAAGAGCUGAAUAAAGUUAAAGCAUCUAACAUCAUAACAGAAUGUAAACUAAAAGAUUCAGAGAAGAAGAACUUGGAACUGCUAGCAGAAAUCGAACACCUGAUAAAGGACACUGAAGAGCUUAGAUCUGAAAAGGGUAUAGAGCACCAAGACUCACAGCAUUCUUUCUUGGCAUUUUUGAAUACGCCUACCGAUGGGGAUCAAUUUGAAACUGAUCCCGUUGAGAACACAAAUGUACGGCAUCCGAACGUCAAGUUUUACAUCCAGUCAAGGUCCACAUCUCCUUCCACAUCUAGUGAAGCUGAGCCAGUUAAGACUGUAGACUCUACUCCAUUUCCAGUUCACACACCAACCUUAAGGAAAAAGGCAUGCCCUGGUUCAACUGGCUUUCCACCUAAGCGCAAGACUCAUCAGUUUUUUGUAAAAUCUUUUACGGCUCCUACAAAAUGUCAUCAGUGUACCUCGUUGAUGGUGGGUUUGAUAAGACAGGGCUGUUCGUGUGAAGUGUGUGGAUUCUCAUGUCAUAUAACUUGUGUAAACAAAGCUCCAACCGCUUGUCCAGUUCCUCCUGAGCAGACAAAGGGUCCUCUGGGUAUAGAUCCACAGAAAGGAAUCGGAACAGCAUAUGAAGGCCACGUCAGGAUUCCUAAGCCAGCUGGAGUAAAGAAAGGAUGGCAAAGAGCAUUGGCUGUAGUUUGUGACUUCAAACUAUUUCUGUAUGAUAUUGCUGAAGGAAAAGCAUCUCAGCCCAGUGUUGUAGUCAGUCAAGUGAUUGACAUGAGGGAUGAAGAAUUUUCCGUGAGUUCAGUCUUGGCUUCUGAUGUUAUUCAUGCAAGUCGAAAAGAUAUACCCUGUAUAUUUAGAGUCACGGCUUCCCAGUUCUCCGCAUCGAAUAACAAGUGUUCGAUCCUGAUGCUAGUAGAUAGUGAGAAUGAGAAGAGUAAGUGGGUGGGAGUGCUGAGUGAAUUGCACAAGAUUUUGAAGAAAAACAAAUUCAGAGACCGCUCAGUCUAUGUUCCCAAAGAGGCAUAUGACAGUACUCUACCCCUCAUUAAAACAACUCAGGCAGCUGCAAUCAUAGAUCAUGAAAGGAUAGCUUUGGGAAAUGAAGAAGGGUUAUUUGUUGUACAUGUCACCAAAGAUGAAAUUAUUAGAGUUGGUGACAAUAAGAAGAUUCAUCAGAUUGAACUCAUUCCAAAUGAUCAGCUUGUUGCUGUGAUCUCAGGACGAAAUCGUCACGUACGACUUUUUCCUAUGUCAGCUUUGGAUGGGCGAGAGACUGAUUUUUACAAGCUAGCAGAAACUAAAGGGUGUCAAACCAUAACUUCUGGAAAGGUGCGCCAUGGAGCUCUUACAUGCCUGUGUGUGGCUAUGAAAAGGCAGGUCCUCUGUUAUGAACUAUUUCAGAGCAAGACCCGUCACAGAAAAUUUAAGGAAAUUCAAGUCCCAUAUAACGUCCAGUGGAUGGCAAUCUUCAGUGAACAACUCUGUGUGGGAUUCCAGUCAGGAUUUCUAAGAUACCCCUUGAAUGGAGAAGGAAGUCCAUUCAGUAUGCUCCAUUCAAAUGACCAUACACUAUCAUUUAUUGCACAUCAACCAAUGGAUGCUAUCUGCGCAGUUGAGAUCUCCACUAAAGAGUAUCUGCUGUGUUUUAACAGCAUUGGGAUAUACACUGACUGCCAGGGCCGAAGAUCUAGACAACAGGAAUUGAUGUGGCCAGCAAAUCCUUCCUCUUGUUGUUACAAUGCACCAUAUCUCUCAGUGUACAGUGAAAAUGCGGUUGAUAUCUUUGAUGUGAACUCCAUGGAAUGGAUCCAGACUCUCCCUCUAAAAAAGGUUCGACCCUUAAACAGUGAAGGAUCACUAAAUCUUCUAGGGUUGGAGACAAUUAGAUUAAUAUAUUUCAAAAAUAAGAUGGCAGAAGGGGAUGAACUGGUAGUUCCUGAAACAUCAGAUAAUAGUCGGAAACAAAUGGUUAGAAGUGUUAACAAUAAGCGGCGGUAUUCCUUCAGAGUCCCAGAAGAGGAAAGGAUGCAACAGAGGAGAGAGAUGCUGCGAGAUCCAGAAAUGAGAAACAAAUUAAUUUCUAACCCAACUAAUUUUAACCACAUAGCACACAUGGGUCCAGGAGAUGGAAUACAGAUUCUGAAAGACCUGCCCGUGAACCCUCGGCCUCAGGAAAGUCGGGCCGUGUUCAGCGGCUCAGUCAGUAUUCCAUCUAUCACCAAGUCCCGCCCUGAGCCAGGGCGCUCCAUGAGUGCUAGCAGCGGCCUGUCAGCAAGGUCAUCUGCACAGAAUGGCAGUGCAUUAAAGAGGGAAUUCUCUGGAGGAAGCUACAGCGCCAAGCGGCAGCCCAUGCCCUCCCCAUCGGAGGGCUCGCUGUCUUCCGGAGGCAUGGACCAAGGGAGCGAUACCCCGGCGAGGGACUAUGAUGGGGAGGACUCUGAUUCUCCAAGGCAUUCCACAGCUUCCAACAGCUCCAACCUGAGCAGCCCUCCCAGCCCAGUGUCACCCAGGAAAACCAAGAGCCUGUCUCUGGAGAGCACUGACCGUGGGAGCUGGGACCCGUGAGUGGCCCGCACUCAGAGCCCAGGAUGCCAGAGGAGUUUCUCCUGUAGCUCCCCUCCACUCACUCCUCCUCACUUUCAUCUCUCCCCUUCACCUCUGCCUGAAAAUCACCAGGGCUGGCAGCAGCAGCAGGGUGGGGACUCGGGGAUUCUGACCACACGACGUGCAGCCGCAUGCCCUCCAGGUUCCACAGCCCCAACAGCAAAGGCAGACUUCCAUUAGGCAGCUUAGACGACUCCCGAGUUCAUGCCAUACGGUUGUAGUUGCUUUUCAAUAAUAUCUCACCCCCUCCCCCAAAAGGUAGCUUAACUAGACAGAUCACACACAAGUAAGAGAUAAGAAUGAAUUAGACCGGUUUGUUUUCACAGUAGAGUCUCACUGUAGCGCUAAGAUAGCACAUGGGAUACCCCCGUCCGCAGGGGAGCACAGACCUGGAGGUGGCACACUAAGCCGCCAUUCAGCACCAUGAGUCAGUGUCCACCUGAUUGUCGCCAGUAAAUCCUUAGUAAUGAAACAGUGCAUAUUUUACUACAAUACAGAGUUUAAGUAAAUACACAAAUUUAGAAGUUAAAUACUGAGUGUAUAUAUUAAAAGAAGCAUCUUGUAUUCAACAGAAGACGGAUGCAUAUAUUAGAGAAAGAGAUGGUCUAAUUUAAA